GAAGGGAGGAAGUUUACACUUCCAAAUAAAACAACAUAAAAAUGUUGCUCUCGGGGAGGAUCUGCAUCGUUACUGGUGCUUCCCGGGGGAUAGGGAAAGGGAUAGCCUUACAACUAGGGGAGGCGGGUGCCACUGUAUAUAUUACAGGGAGAACUCUGACAGCACGCCCGGGGGACCAACUGGGAGGAUCCCUAACAGACACUGCAAGCGAGAUUGAAUCAAGGGGUGGAAAAUGCAUCCCUGUACAAUGCGAUCACUCAAAAGAUGAGGACAUCGCCGCAUUCUUUGAGAGAGUAAAAUCUGAACAAAAUGGCCGACUUGACCUUCUCGUCAACAAUGCUUAUGCCGCUGUUAAUGCAAUAUCUGAAAAUUUGGGAAAACCUUUCUGGGAGCAACCUUUGUCAAUCUGGGAUACGGUUAACAAUGUCGGUUUAAGAAACCACUACAUAUGCACAGUGUUCGCUGCAAAAAUGAUGGUUCCAAGAAAACAGGGAUUGAUAGUCAACAUAUCUUCUGCUGGGGGUCUUGCAUACCUCUUCAAUGUGGCAUAUGGUAUAGGAAAGGAGGCAUUGGACAGAAUGGCAGCGGACUGUGGAGUGGAACUGAAGAAACACAAUGUGGCUGUUGUCAGUCUUUGGCCUGGACCUGUCAUGACAGAACACGUGGAUCAAAUGCUUCAAACAACCAAAAGUGAACAACGAAAGAAGUUGUUCGAAGGCGCUGAAUCUGUUGAAUACGCCGGGAAGUGCAUAGUCGCUCUUGCAAAAGAUCCAAACGUAAUGAGCAAAUCUGGAAAGGUGUUGAUGACUCCUGAGCUUGGUCAAGAAUACAAUCUACGGGACAUUGAUGGUCGUGUUAUUGAUAGUAUGAGACAAAUUAAUUGGUUGAUGGCGCGCAAUCCGAAUACAGCCUGGAUGCAGAGAUGGCUCCCAAAGUUCUUAAGAAUGCCAUAUUGGAUGUUUGCUUUGAAGGGAAGCAAAUUUUGAAACGAAAUGUAUGCCGUAUCUUCUAACUUCAUGUGGCUCCAAAGUACAGAUUGUGAAUGAUAACAAACUAUUGAAAUUACCUUAAAAAAUUUCAAGAAAUUAAAAAAAAUCAACAGGUUCUAUGCAAAAGACAGAUAUGGGUGAUUAAGUACCCAUGAUAUUAUUGAAAUUUUCCCUAUUGUUUUUAAUCAUGUACAUGUACUGUGUGACGAUUUACAGACUGACAUGUUUUUUAAUGAUAGUUCCAUAUAGUUGUGAAUAGUUCGUAUUAUAGUUAUUAUGAAGUCAAUUUAAUGGUUCGUGUUACUUGUUAUGAAGUCAAUUAAAAAGAAGCAUAAUAUACAA